AGAGCGCUGAGAGGAACGGAGGAGCGUGAACGCAACUUCCCAAAGAGGAUGAUUUCUUCUCUCUUUUUUUUUUUUUUUUUUUUUUAAUGAUACAUAUUAAUAUCAAUCAAUAAGUCUCGCUGGCCUCUCUGAUGAGUGCAAUCCAGAGGGAGUUGACGGUGGCGCGCGCGGCAUCGGCGAGGGGCGACGAUGGGCACGCGCUCGGCUGAAAGCAUCAUGAAGCAGUCUUUGUGGAUCCUAACUUUGCUCGUCACUUUGCCGCCAGCGUGGUGCGUUCGCUUCUCCCAGGAGCCGGCCGACCAAUCUGUGGUCCUGGGCGAACGAGUGGUUCUCUCCUGCGUGGUCUUCAACUACAGCGGCAUCGUCCAGUGGACCAAAGAUGGCCUGGCGCUCGGGGUCGGCGAGGGUCUCCGAGCGUGGCCACGGUACAGAGUGCUGCGGGCUCUUGACACGGGCCAGUAUAACCUGGAGAUCUCCCGCGCCGAGCUGUCUGACGACUCGUUGUAUGAGUGCCAGGCCACAGAGGCCGCCCUGCGUUCCCGAAGGGCCAAGCUCAACGUCCUCAUCCCGCCUGAGGACCCGGUGGUGGAGGGCACCCCAGAGCUGCUGCUCAUGGCCGGCACGCCGCACAACCUCACCUGCGUCACCCGAGGUGCCAAGCCGGCCGCACACAUCCAAUGGAUCAAGAACGGGAUGCUCGCCGAAGGCGCCCACCAGUCCACGGAGGUGCUGCCUGACCGGAAGAGGGUGACCACCAGAAGCUACCUGCCCAUCGUGCCGUUGGACAUCGACAGCCACAGCAAUUUCACCUGUGUGGCCAGCAACCCGGCUGUCCCCAUUGGCAAAAGGGCCAAUGUCAUGCUCAACGUGCACCAUCCACCGACGGUGACUUUGUCUAUUGAGCCUCGCUCGGUUCUGGAGGGCGAGAGGGUCACCUUCACCUGCCAGGCCACCGCCAACCCGCCCAUCAUGGGCUACAGGUGGGCGAAGGGUGGCGUGCUGCUAGAGGGCGCCAGAGAGAGCGUAUUUGCCACCACGGCCGACCACUCCUUCUUCACCGAACCUGUGUCCUGUCAGGUCUUCAACGCGGUUGGCAGCACCAAUGUCAGCAUCCUGGUGGAUGUACACUUUGGACCCAUCCUGGUGGUAGAACCCCGGCCCAUCGCGGUGGAUGUGAACUCGGACGUCACACUGAACUGCAAGUGGUCUGGAAACCCCCCGCUUACCCUGACCUGGACCAAGAAGGGCUCCAACAUGGUGCUUAGUAACAACAACCAGCUGUACUUGAAGUCAGUGAGCCAAGCGGAUGCCGGCCAGUAUGUGUGCAAGGCCAUCGUGCCGCGCAUCGGCGUGGGUGAGACCGAAGUGACGCUCACGGUCAAUGGCCCACCCAUAAUCUCCAGCGAUCCAGUCCAGUAUGCUGUCCGGGGUGAACGAGGCGAGAUCAAGUGCUACAUUGCCAGCACACCCCCACCGGACAAGAUCGUGUGGGCGUGGAAGGAGAACGUCUGGGAGAAGGAGAAAGGCACGCUGAUGGAGCGCUACACGGUAGAGCAGAGCAAGCCGCCUUUGCAGGGUGGAGCCGUCCUCUCCACACUCACCAUCAACAACGUCAUGGAAUCAGACUUCCACUCGCCCUACAACUGUACCGCCUGGAACUCCUUUGGGCCCCGCACCAUGAUCAUCACCCUGGAGGAGACCGACAUCGUCCCGGUGGGCAUCAUCGCCGGGGGCACGGUAGGCUCGUCCAUUUUACUGCUCAUGCUGCUCCUGGUUCUUGGCUUCUUCUUCUACCGCCAACGCAAAGGCAGUGAGUUCCUCAUAAAGAAAGCAGCUGAAGACAAGGUCAUAGAGGAGUUACACUGGGUAAAGCCGAUAUCAAAGUGGAGACAGUCAACAAGGAGACACAUAGUCUGGAGGAGGAGGCAGCCAACGUCUCCACAGCCACGCGCAUGGUCAAGGCCAUGUACUCUUUUCUGCCCUCUGUCUCCCUCUCUCCCUCCACUCAGCCCUUCAAAGACGAAAUGGACCUCAAGCAGGACGUGCGCAGUGAGAGCGACACGCGUGACGACUACGAGCUCAAGGAUCCAACAAACGGCUACUACAACGUGCGAGCGACCACCCACGACGAGGCUCGCCCUCAGUCACGUGCCGUCCACUACCAGGGAGACUUCCGUUCCCAGAAUCCAAGCAGUGGGGCGGGUGGAGGCGCCGUAUCUGCUGCCGCAACUGCGGCCACAACUGCGGCCCCCACCGGCGCUGUCCCCCCCAGCGGAGUGCCGGGCUCCCGGGCCGGCUGCUAUGACCCGCGCCCCCCUUCCCGCAUGUCCCACUCUACCUACGCCCAGUUCAGCACCCUCUCCCGUACAGCCGCCACCCAGCAGGCGCCGCCUAAUCUGCCCGGGGACUACCCGGGGGAAUGUGGAUUGCUGGACGGCACCACACAGCUGGCCUACGACAACUACGGGUACCCCUCGCAGUACCACGGCUAUCGCGUGGCCUUUGCACCGCCCAUGGAGGAGGGCCCGGCCUACGAGAUGCACCCCACGGGACCAGGGAGGGGACCCAGCAAGCAGAGCCCUGAAGUGGAGCUCGGGAAGUACGGCACCGCCACCCGCUUUUCGUACUCGUCGCCCCCUUCUGACCACUCGCAGAGACACACACAGAGAAUGCAAACUCACGUGUGAAGGCAAAACCACGUGCGUUGUCGUUAGCAAUAUGCAUGCUAGUCAGCGCUAACUACAAUCAACAAAGAAGAAGAGCACUUCCGACCAAUCAAUCGCCUUUUUGGGGAACCUAAACUUUGACUUUUAUCCUGGUCAAAAUGUAUUUUGGGGUCCCUGAAGACGAGUGCAGUAGUGCUCCCAAAACCAGUUUCGCCUAAUGACGCGAAAUUAAAAGACCAUGUUUGUCAUGAGAAGACGUAUGAAAAAGUCUCAAGGACCUAUGUCCGAAAUUGAAUAGGAAGUCGGCCAAUACGUGUUAAAGCGGCCAUUUGGGGGGUGCCUCGCCGCCUAGCAUACCUCCACCUUUCUUUAGCCAUUAACAUGAAAUUUGGUGAACAGGUCUAUCAUAACAGGAUGAACGAAAAAGUCUCAAUAGCCUUCAAUUUGGGUUGAAGCGGCUAUUUGGGGGCGAACUCCUACCAGGGACCAUGGUGCCUAGUAUACCUCCCGCCACCAGUUCCACCGAUCGACAUGAAAUUCAGCCAGCAGGUCUGUCUUGACAGGAAACACAAAAAAAUUCUUGAAGAUUCAUGUCUGACAAUAAACAGGAAGUCAGCCAUUUUGAGUGAAUUCGUAAUAAUGACUAGGGUGCAUAGCUCAAGUCUAAUCUAGCCUAGUGUUGGAAAAAAUGACUGGCCACCAGUCUUUACCAAUCAACACAAAAUUUGCUGGACAUGGAAGGAAGUCUGGCAACCAGUUCAGGGUGUACCCCGCCUCCUGCCCGAUGACAGCUGGGAUAGGCUCCAGCACGCCCGCGACCCUAGUGAGCAGAAGCGGCUCAGAAAAUGGAUGGAUGGAUGGAUUGCUUGAACACAGGUCUCCGAGACUAGUGUUUCCCUACCUUUAUUGCGUUAAGGCCAAUUGUACAUGAUAAUAAUUUUACAGCACACCGCCAACGAAAAGUUCCCAGUUUGAAUACUGAAAUAAUGAAGAACUAUCUCAUUUUACUCCAAACAUAUUGAGUAUGGAAUCUGGGACAGGUUAAUUGAACACAAAGCUGAAAUACUAGCAGUAAGCCAUGACUUAUUAUUCUGUUGUAUGAAUGGCAACAAAUGGAUACAUGUGUUUAUUGUACCUUCUGCCAUCCAAAUGAAGAGCAUUUAAUUGCUCUGCCUGUCACUCUACGUCAUUGGCAUACAGUAGAUAGAUGAACCAAAAUAUGUUUAGAAUUAAUUAAAAAUACUUUUCAGGCAAAUUACUGUAAUGUAAUGUAAUGUACUGUGUAAUUGGAUAAUACACUAAAAUCCCUUGAUGUUCUCUCACAGCACACUAGUGUGCCACGGCACCCUCAUUGCGAAUUACUGUCCUAAACAGAUGGUAUCCAAGACAGAUGGCCAGAUGCGGGUUGGCCAGACACGGGUAUCUUAGACUGGUAGCCGGACGUGACUACCCUGGACAGAUGGGCUUGUGUCCUCGCCAGAUGGCUGGAUGUGGGUUGCCAGGAAGUAGGUACCCUGCCCAGAUGGUCGGAUGUGAGUUGGCUGGACGCAGGUAUCCUAAACAGAUGGCCAAAUGCACGUUGCCCGGAUGCGGGUAUCUGUGACAGAUAGCCAGGCAUGGGUAUCCUGGCCAGAUGGUCAGAUGCGGGUUGGCCGGACGUGGGUAUCCUAGACAAAUGGUUGACACUGAAUUGUAAAGCUUUUCCGCCAGCUCCGUCUAAUGUGGGCGUUAAAGUUUGACCAUUUUGAGUGUUUUCUGGGGAAAAAAUGGGUGUGCUAAAAGGGGAACUAAAGCCAAUUUUGGGGGGGCAAGAAUAAGUUGUAUGUUCCCCCAAUAGUCAAAACACUGUAUUCUGAUUAAUAUUGCAUCCAUGGAAUAAUAAUUGAACAGAUUAAUUAAUAAUGUUUCAUCCAUCUCGGGGGGCUGCCAUGUUUGGCAAUAUCCUGCUCUGCUGUCAUCCGAAAUUAACAUCACAACUGAUCUUGCAUUGGGAACGUCACGUGACCAAACCCAGAAAACCAGUUAGCGGACUGCCGGUGUAUGCUGUGAUAACAAGCAAAACUUCGGGUUGAUGACAUGAUGGUUUGAUAUUUGAACAAGUUUGGGUUCAAACCAUCAUAUCAAAAUGAUGGUUCAAAAUUUUAGCAAAUUUGGGUUUAAAUCAUCAUUUCAUCAAACCUUAAUUAUGUUUGGUCAUGUGACGUUUGCAUUGCAAGCGUGAAAGCACUUGUUACUUUAAUCUCGGUCGACGACAGAGGGCGAUGUUGCCAAACAUGUCAGCCCUCUGAGAUGGAUGAAAAUUGAUGAAUUAAUCUGUUUAAUUCUUCUACCAUAUACAUAAUAUUAAUCAGUAUACCGAGUUUAGACUAGUUGAGACACGUACAACGUAUUCUUGCAACAACAACAACAAAAUAAAAAAAUUGGGCUUUAGUUCCCCUUUAAUAUAGAAUUCAUUGGUUUCAUUUGGACUUUUUGUACAAACACAAAGCAACAUAUCUUUCCAUGCACUGCAGCAACAUGGCAGCUUCUCAACAACACAAAAACCAGUGAGGGGAGUCUCUUCCAGGACAGGUAGCAAAGCGUCGUGCUAAUUUUCUACAGUCAUGACGCAUUUCGAUGGUGACUUUUUAGUCCAUUUUAUGACUUGGCAGUUUGUACAAAAAAAAGAAAAAUACCUCCACACCCUGGAUCCUCAAGUAUCAAACAUGUUUGUUUCUCGUCACCUGCACAGUAGAAUAGUUGUUGUUUUUUUUCAUAUUUAUACAGAAAGUGGGGGGAGGGGAAACUGCAUAAAAAUAACAUUUUAUUGUAUUUUUAUUUAAAAAAAAAAAAAAAAAAGAAAAGAAAAAAAUAAAUGUGGCCCAAAGGUUCACAUUUUUGUGUGAGGGGCACUAGAUUUCUGCAACGGAACAUUUUCGCCAGGGAUGGAUGACGUUGAAUAUACAGUGAAGGAGGUAAAAGGGGGGGGGUCUUUUUUUUUUAGCCCCUCAGACCAUCAAUCCCCCAUGACUGGAAUGCCUUUUAUGACAACAUUCACGUGAUGGAUUGGACAACAAGCGACUGCUCGCUUUCAACGGUGGAGUUUUAACAUAUCAAGGUGAUGCUGCAGAGGCUUCCCUGGAGCUCGUUUUGGUACUGUAAACAUGUAAAUGACAUGUAAACCACGGGUCAAUAACGUAAACAUGUAAUGCUUCCUCACUCCAGCAAAAACAAAACAGUGGUCUUUGUUUUAUGUUGUUUUCCUUGUUUUCUUUGCUAUUUGUGAGUGACUGGCUUUCUGUGUUCACUGCUAGUGUGCCAUACAGUACACUGUAUAUUGAGUUUAUGCUAAGCCACAGCCCCAAACUGCAGACUGGGCCAAUCACAGUGCAGCACAGAACAGCAGUCCGACAUUUAAUCAAAUGAUAAAAUAAAAAAAUAUAUUUGUGUUCUGUAAGAAAAAAAAACAACAUAGCAUUUCAAGUUAGGGUUCCAAAUUAAGGUUUCAAGAUAGGGUUUCAAAUUAUGGUUUCAAGCCUUUAUUAGGGUUGCAAGUUAGACUUUCAAAUUAGUGUUUCAAGCCAGGGUUGGCAUUCCAAAUUGGGGUUUCAAGUUAAGGUUCCCUGAUUAGCAUUUCAAGGCAAGUUUAGGAGUUCAAAUUUGGGUCUCAAGUUAGGGUACCAAAAAAGGGCUUCAAGCCAGGGUUAGUCUUCAGGUCGGGGUUCCAAAAUAUAGUUUCAAGCCUGUAUUACAGUUUCAAAUUAAACUUCCAAAUUAAGGUUUCUAGCAAGCCUGAAGGUUUCAAGUUAACUUUCAAAUUAGGGUUUCAAGCAAGGAUCGGGGUUUCCAGUUGGACUUCAGAGUUAGGGUUUUAAGCCAGUAUUAGGGUUUCAAACAAGGAUAAGAGUUUAAAGCUACGGUUAGGGUUACAAAUUUGGGCUCUAAAAUACAGUAUGCUUUCAAAAUGUGUUAGGGUUUCAUGUUAGACUUCCAAAUUCGGGUUUCAAACCAGUUAGGGUUCCAAAUUAGAUUGGAGUGUUUCAGUGUUCAGGUUUUAAAGACCAGGUUAGUGUUUUAAAGUAUGGGUAAAGUUCCAAACUGGGGUUUGAAGUCAGUGGUAGGGUUUCAAUUUAGGAUUAAAGCAACAUGUUUUUUUUUGUUUGUUUGUUUGUUUUUUAAAUAUGUCUGACUGAAGUCUGCUGAUCUUCCCUCCAAAUGUCAAAUCGCGACAUUAAGGAUCAGCACUUUAGUUCUCAACAACAUUUUGUCAUUUCCUCUCAGUAAAAAAUGUCAACAACAUCCCUGAUAUUAUAUGUAGAUUUUUUUUUCGAUACUGUUUGUUAUUUCAUAUGAACAAGUGGGCUUCAAAGUCGACCCAAAUGAGAAUGGGGACACGCGCUCACGCUGAGCCACCAGCGGAUCCACUAGAUAUUUAUUUGCACUUGUCCGGUGCCAAAAGGCUCAGAGGUGGCCGACAUGUACGUGUGUUUACUGCCUGCGUGUGUGUGUGUGUGUGUGUGUGUGUGUGCGCGCGCGUGUGUGUGCGUGUGAGUGAGUGAGUGAGUGCGAUCCGAGUUUCAAUGUGGCUUGAAAUCCUUCCCAACAGCUGCAAGAAGAUGAUCUGAAAUUAUCUUGACUGAUGUUUUGACCAAAAUCGCAAUUAAUCACAGCUGCGUUGCUAGCGAAGUGACAUGCUAACUUAGUCUACAUUACGAAUACACGUUUUUUGUUCCUCUGCUUGUUAGAGAAAUCCAAUAAUAACUUUUUGGAAGUGUUCAGCAUCAUGAAAACACAAGGAACUGAGGCACAAUAGUUGCUAGCUGAAGCAUGAAAAAGACGAAGGAAGGUUGGGGAGUUGCUAGCUGAAUGGCUUGCCAAGUUGGUCUCCACGGCGAUUAGCUUGUUGUUUUUUCCCGCUUGUUGACUAGAUGACCUGCUAAAACAAAAGUGUGUUCAGUAGCAUGAAGAAAAAAAAAACAUGAAGAUUAAGGCAGGAGACUUGCUAGCAGAAUGACUUGCUAGCUAGACAGCUUUCUCCCAUAUAUUUUAUUUUCAUCUGAUUGUUAGAGAGACUCACUUGUAACUAUGUGGAAGAAUGUUCACGAGCAUGAAAACAGAACUGAGGCAGAAGCGUUGUUAGCGGAAGCAUAAAAACACAAGGACGAAGGAAAGUGAGAGAGUUGCUAGGGACUAGCUUGCUAAGUUAAAACAUGCAGCAAUCACAAGUUUUCCCCCUGGUUGAUAGAGAGACGUACUGGAAACUUUUUGGGAAGUGUUCAGCAUGAAAAAGCAAAACUGAGGAAGAAGAGUUGUUAGUGGAGCAGCUUGUUAACUUAGUUUACAUGGCUAUCAAUAGUUCUGUUUCCUCUCGUUAUUAUCUAAAUGAUCAGCUAAGACUGAAAGAGUGUUCAGGAGUAUGAAAACAUAAGGACGCAGGCAGGAGAGUUACUACCAUAAAACUUGCUAAAUUAGCAUACAUGCUAAUAACCGGUGUUGAUUCCACUGGUUUGUUAUCGAGACAUUCAGUUCAGUUCAGAAGCAGGAACACAAAAACGAAGGUAGGAGAGAGGACUUAUUAGCUUAGUCCACGCUACACUUAUUCUACAGCCACAGUAUGAAAACACGAAGGAUCGCAGGAAGAAAAUUGCUUGUAACAGCUUUUUCCAUGAUUUCAGUCUUCCAAUUUCUUUAACAGCCGGGGAAAACAAUACAUUUUAAUGCUAACUUAGCUUGCCUCUCCGCUAGCAGCUCUUGUCUCAAAAAAUGACAGUGGAUUUCUUGAGUGAGGCAAGAAGUGUUCGUAGGAGUGUUUUAUGUAUAGAUAUUUACAGUAUAGAUAUAACCUUCAUGGUCCACUUUAGUUUUUCAGUGAUGUCUGCACUCGUUUGAUAUUUCACAAUGUAAAGUUGCCUUUUUUUUCUCAUCGUUUUAUUAGCAAAUUACGUUAAGUGUUUUUUCCAUGCUGCAAAUUGUAUAUUAUUUUUUCACACAAUUCCAGAAAAUAAAAGGAUUUCAUAC